UCCGAAUAGCUAUUUGCUGCUAUAGCGGGUACCUAUAUUGCCACUCUGUUUCACUAUCUCGAUCAACUUUUUAAAAAUACAGUUUGCGAAAAAAACGCGAUAGAGUGAAGCUGCGGAAUUCGAAGCGCGAGGUGGCGAGGGUCAACUGUAUUAUCAUAAGAAGAUGAUCAUGAUUCAGAUUUAGACUUAAUUAUAAUUCAGAGUAAUCUUAAUCAGAGUCAGAGACACAUUUUUAUUUUCUCAAACUGACUGAUAUUCCUUCGCCCCACUCUUGCACUGGCCACUGUAAAUAUCAUUACUACGUUAGGUUAAUAAUUCAGUAAUCUUAAUUUGGUAACCAUAAAAGAUUAAGUGACGGAGUUUUACACUAUUAUAUUUGAACUAUUCAAGUUUGUGUAAUUAUCUCUUCGUUUAUUAAAAAUUGAAACAGGAGUCAAUGCGCAAGCGCAACGAGAAUGUUUACAUGGAAUCCAAGAUGGUGGGAAAGAAAGGGAAAAAGAAGAAUAAAGGGGCAACAGCGGUAUGUAUACGUCCAAGUCACUGAAAUCAAACAAAGAAGCAGACGUAACUUUUUUCUUAGUUCAUAAGAGAUAGCGGUAAUUUAAGAAAAAAAGUUAGUUCAUAAGAGAUAGCGGUAAUUUAACUUUAUAUGUGACUUUUUGGGUACCGUACGGUAAAUAAUUAAAGUUAAAGGCAUUAAAGGCUAGGACAUCUUGCUUGACUUAAAACUUAAAAGUAACAUUAAGAAUUUAAGAUUAAUAUAUGUAACCUUAAUGCCUUAAUACACUAACACUUAGACGACUUAGUUUAAGUUAGGCUAAUUAAGACAUUGUUAAUUUCUUUAUUUUUCGGUGGGGUUGAGUCUCCUCACGAAUUUGAAAUUAACUGAAACUUUUAAUAAAUAGUUUUAUUAAGUAUAAAAAUAAAUUAUCUUAAUCUUAGUUACUUAGUAAUUUAGAAAAAUAAAUGAUCUUAGUUACUUAGUAAUUUAGAAAAAUAAAUGAUCUUAGUUACUUAGUAAUUUAGUUGUUACUCAGGGCUGUGCAAAAUCAAAGAAUUUUUACCCACAAAAAAUACAAAUUUUUGGGCACCACAAAUUUCAUGUCAUAUUACUCAUAAUAAUUCAAAAUUUCGUUAUUUAAUCAUAACUCUCCUCUCAGUUAUGUAGUCAUAACUAUCAAACAAAUUCUGCUCUUACCCUUAGUCCUUAGCCUUAGUAGGGCUUAUUUAGGGGCCCCAGUGAUUUACUUGGUUUCCUUGGCCUUGGUCUCUGCAUGGCCCUGUGUUACCUAGUUAAAUCAUUGAUACCAGUGGCAGUGGACUGGUCAGUCUUGGUCUUGAGUCAGUGACUGAGUUAGGCCUUUGAUGUAGGCCCUAUUGUAGUUUGUAAGUGUAAACCACAGCCACAUAAUAAAUAAUGAUUUUAAAUAAUCAAGUUAUAACUAUAACAUAUUUCACUAUCUAAUGCAGGGGUCUGAAAGCCCUAAUUGUGAAGGGCCACAUUUAAUAAAUAAAUAUUCUAUAAUUUAGACUCAAAUUUUGAUUAUGAGUAGAAUAUAGCUUUGUGAUUUUCUUUGUUGAGAAAAAAGAUGAAAAAGCAUGUGUAGUUGACCAUCUUUCUAUUUUUAUAGUACCGGUACCUAACCUCUGGUGUUGUCUUAUAUUAUUAUUAAUGAUGUACAGGAACAUUCACUGGUCAGGCUUACACACCACUGAACAUAAAUGUUUGUCCCUGAAAAUAGAUAAGUAUGUUUCAAUUGUGGUUAGCUUGGAGGUAAAUUGUUUUUUUUUAUGUGAAGGCUAUUAAAGCACGGUACCAGGUACUAAAUUAUAUGCUAAUAGUAAUAACACCAUCCAUGCAAAUAUCACCACCUUUGCUACAGCCCAGAUGGUUUGUGUAAUUUCCACGCUUUACCGUAGUAAAAAAAGUCAAAGUCUAAGCUAAUUUACUUUUUCAAAUUUACCUUAUUAGUCUUACUCAAUUACUGGCAUAUCAUUUUAUUUAGUAAACUAAAAAAAUGACAGAAAAAGACAUAAUUAAGUUUUAGAAGCCAGUAAAGGAGUAAUACAUUAAGUUCAUUAAGCCUACCAUAAAUUCCUGAAAUAAGAAAUAUGAUGCUUUCAUUAUUGCUUAAAAACAAAAAUGUUUCUUUUAUAUUAGUCUAGCUUUGUGUUCUCUGUUUAACCAUUAUAAUUAUUAAUUGAAUGGCAUAGAGUUAAUUCGUUUUAAAAGUGCUCCAUGUUAACUUUUACAGUAAGUAAGUUUUAUUAUAAGUGACUGAAAUUCAUGAGCUUUGAUUGUACAGACGUUUUUUUUAUCUGGCUUGCAUAAUACACAUUUUGAACCCUUGACUGCCUGACUUAAGUUGAAUUAUAUUUAUUACUUAUUUCUCAAACUUCUUCUCUGUUUCUCAAUGGAUUAAAAAGGCAGUUGUGUCACAAGCAACUUUAGUGGCAACACCAAAUCCACAAAUUUCCCAGCAUGUUGGUAGAAUGGCUCCAUCAACUUCUGGCACAACUUCAAAACCUAAAUCUACAACAGGGCCUCGCAUCCUUGGUGCCCCUGUUUCCCCAAGGGAUGAGUUCAGUGAGCCAGAGAGCAGCUUGUUUGAUUAUCAACAAAUGGAUGAGGCGGGGUAACGGAAUAUACAUUUACUGUCAUUUUAUGUUUCUUUAAAAAUUCAAUAAAGCUGAGAUGUAUACUAUCGACUUGAUCUUGGUCUUCACAAAAUACAUUAGCAUGAAGUUUAAGAGAGCCAUAACUAUUUGAUUAGAGGGGUAGGGGGAUAAUAGAUUAAUUAGACACAAACAAUUUGUGUAAAUAAAACAAUAUAUGUUCAGCUUUAAUGAUGAUUUUACAAAAUACAAAUGUAAACGUUUCGGCAAAUGCCUUCAUCAGUACAAAAAAGAAAACAUUUAAAUAAGUAUAAAUUAAAUUUACAUAAUAUAUAUAUUUACAUGUAUCCUAUAAGAGUAGGCGCAAAGAGGAGGAUAAUCAAGAUAUUUAAAUACUUGUACACAAAAAAGUUUUGUAAAUAGAAGUCAUGAAUUGGUGCCCUUCAAUUAAUUACCCAAAUAUGUGCUCGGCAUGAAUUAGUUUCUCUUGUAAUUUUUUUUUCUCUUAUAACUACAGUAACGCCAUCAACAAAAAAGUUUGGCAGUACUACAUUACACCAACCCUAAACUUUAGCUACAUAUUAGCUUUUAUAUUUAUCAGGUACAUGACAGUGGGUUUUGGAACAUGGCCAGCAAAUGGAAGACAACAGAGACACGAGUCCCAGCCCCAAUUUCGUCAGUCAGGGAGUGUUGGAAUUUAUGCAACACCAGGUAAGUAAAAUACCUAUUAAGCAGGCAUUUGUAAUUUCUGUCCCUCUGAUUUCAUUAAAUAGUUGAGGUGUGUAGUUUAUGAUUUAUCUUCUAAGUGAACACUUUUCUUAGUUACUGAUAUUGAACAUCCAUUUUUUUUUACAAUCACAUUUUAAAUUCCUCAUUUAAAAUUUCCUUUAAAAAAAUAUAAAAUCACUAUCUCUUAAAUAGGAGAUCUAGAAAUGUAUGGACAAGGAGACUCCAGUCAGAUUGCAAACAUAUCUGAUCUUUAUGCUACACCAAUGAAAAAGGGGAAGGGUAAAAUGGUGAGUACAACUUACAGUUAUGUAUUGACUCCCUAAACAGCUCUAACCAAACAUUUGUACAUAAAAAUUGCAAUAAUUAGGGGCAGUAGAAUUCAUAUAAUAAAAUUAUUUUUAAGUGUAAUGUUUUAACGAAUUAUAUAUUUUGUCAAAAUUGUUCAGGAUGCAUAGAAAUUUCAUAUCACAAAUGGGAAUCUUUAUUUAAUCUGCUCAGCCAAAAUGUGUGUGAUUGUUGGAGUGUUCUAAUUAAUGUAAAAUUGUGGACUAACAAAAUAAAUGAAUUGACUUGGAGGCAAAUAAUGAUUAACUGCUUCAUAUUUUUUCAUUUGUUCAAUUGUCUUGCAGAAAAAAUCUAGUGAAGGAGAUCAAGCAGAUUCAAUCUCAAUGAAUCGAACGCAGCGAGAUGUAGAAACAGAGAUGAAGAAAGUCUACAACCUGCCACCUGAAAUCAGUGAAACUGUUAGUUUUAUGUCACAUUAUUACAAUAGUAAAUCAAGACAUGAUAAAUAGCAUACAUUUUUUAAAAGAAACUUAAAUUAAUAAUAGGACUCUUCAAUGUGGGACAGAUUAUAAUAUUUUAAAAAACUUUGUUAAGUACCUUUAUCUAAUACCAUAAUCCUAGUUUAUUCUUAACAAGACUUAUUUUUCCUGUUGCUCAAUUAUUUUCACUAUUCUUUAUCACUCUCCUCCUACUAAAAUUGCAUGUGUUCACAUUCUGCUAAAAACAAAGAAGUCACAGAACAAGGUCCUGAUCUUGUUCUUAAGAGUUUGUAAGAUCGAAAUAAGUUUGUUUUAUUUUUAAUGGCCCUACUGCCAGACUUUUUUUUUAUUGUUGAUGGCUUUACUGCCAGACUGUUUAAUUUUUUAUUGCUUUACUGCCAGACUGUUUUAUUGUUGUCGGCUUUACUGCCUAAUUGGGGUUUAACCUAGGGACGGCCAAUAAGUGGUGAAAAUAAUUUCUUUCUAUAAUAUUUAAAAUCUCUAUAAACAACCAAUUUUUUAGCUGUUGCGUUGUUUGUCCACAACAUAAUAAUUAUGUCACACUAAAAAUUAUACAGCUUUAAAGCCAAAUGAAUAUUUUUUAAUUAAUAUUUAAUUUCCCCAAUAUUUUGAGUAAUUUUAAAACAAUCCUUAACUCAAGAAAGAAAUGGCAAUGCAAGCUGCCAUAAUCUGAAAUUUCCACACAAAAAUAUGCAGGGAUGAAUGGAUAGAGCUCAAAGCUAGAUAGAUUUUGUGACUCAGACGCAUGGACAUUAUUUUUUUGUUUUAUGCUAUCACAUAGAUUGAUAAAUACCAUUGCUAAACAUUAUAAAUUAAGUCUUACAUUUAAACAUUUUUUUUAGAUAUCCAAAGAUUUAAGAACUCAUUUCCCUCAGAUGUACCCUGGCAGCAACCAGACAGACAGUGGACAUGGGUCAACAAGGCCACGUAAGUUUUGAUGGAGGUUAUUGAGAGACUUUUUCUUUUAAAUGCCAAAGUAACAUAAGGUCAUUUUUUUUAAAGACAUGUAUUUAAUAUUUGUUAAAUGAAAUUAAUCAACCUUUUUAUUUUGCUUUGAUUCAGACAGUUAAAAUGUGUUUUGAUAUAAUAAUUUGCCACUAACAGCAAUGUACAGCUAUUUCUAAUCCAUCUUAUUCAGUUGUGUGAUUAUUUAUUUUGAUUAAGACUCCCCUCAUGUAAAUUUAUGUUGUAAGUAAAUGCAUUAAAAAUUAACUUAAAAUACUUAUUAUACCAUCAAUCCAUUAACAGUAAAGAUAAAUGACAAAAUACAAAGUUAAAAAGUGCAGUUUCAACUUUAAAUUGUACUAGAUUUUCAAUUAGUAUUAGACAUCAGCCUCAUCUGUUUAUAAUUUUCCCCAUCUCUGUUUGUAUGUUUAUCAGAGUGCAACCAUAUGUUUCAACAAGACAUGCAUUUCAAAUUUUAAAUGUUCGGAUUAGAUCUUCAUAUCGUUUAUUAUUGUACAUUUCCUAGAGUAUGUCAUAAUCCCAAUGAGCAUGUGCCAGAUUCUACUUUUAGAUUUGAACUAAUUAUAUACAUUUUUUUUUUUUUUAAAUGUUUUUUUUUUUUUGGAUAUCUUCCCAAUUUGCUAUUUUGAUAUAGUAGAAUUUACAAAAUAUAACUCAAUAUGAGGAUAAUAAGGAAGGAACUCUUUUAUUAACAAGAUAUAUUUACUGUAUUUUUGAACUAAAAUAUUUCCUUUCAUUAAAAGCUCUACAACAUAGCUAAUUAUGAAUGCAGUCAACAAUGUCAGGGGGACACUUUCAUUCAAAGAGUUGGAUUUUACUUUUGUAUGACCUUACAUAAAAUCACUUUAUCACAAUGUGUUUUUCAUAAACCGGUGAAAGGGUCAAUAGUUCCAAGUAGUUCCCUUAUUUUUAGCUACCGCUAAAAUACUUUUCUGUACCUCUAUUAAUUCCUAGUCAGAGAAGAGAUUUAUGUUUAUUAAUUUCAAAAGAAAACAUAAAAUUCAAUACAAUGUAUAGAUUGUAUCUUGCUAUUAUUUCAAAAGUGUCUAAGCAGGAAAAAUGAUGGGUUAUUUUCUUUCCAGCGUCGCCUUGUUUUGCUUUCUCCCAAACCAGUGUACAUUGUGCAUUAUUUUUUUAUGGAACUUAGAGAGCUUAGAUGACGAAGAUGGACACAGAAGUCCGGAUCUGGUUCACAUUGCAGAUCAUUUGAACCAGAGUGGACACAACAGGACAGUUUACAAAGCCAUGUCAUCUCUAGAGGCACAGCCAGAAGAUCAGGUUGAUGGUGGACCACCACAGAUACUGGACAAUGAUAUUGUUGAGGAAUUAAUCAGAGCUAGUAAAACAGGUUAAAUGGUGACAUUCUUUUGGUGGAGUGGGGAGGGUAGAUUGUAGGUCGGUAGAUUGUAGUUUUUAUGACUGCAAUAAGUUUUUAAAAAAUAGCCCAAGCUAAAUGAUAGAUCUCCUUUUAAAUCCGAACAGUUUUAAUUUGAAAACUUGUGAAAUAUUUAAAAUGCCUUCCUUAUAUCAAUAGUAUUUUAAAAAUUAAAUACAAACUUUUAUUGUUUUAGAUAGCAAACUGAUUUAUAGCUUUUUUUAAUAAUAACAAAAUUUAAUUUUUCUCUAAUGGAAAAAACAGCACUUUUUUCCAGUAACAGUUUUUCUACUUAUUGAAAUAGAGUUAAAUAUUCUUUCCAGAUUAUUUUAAGAAAGAAGAGGGCUUGAACUUAUUAAAAAUCUCAAUUAUAUUAUUUCUAUCAUCUAUUUGGCUCACGAAAUGUUAAUAUCUGCCUCACUAAAUGUUAACAUCUGCCUCACUAAAUUAAUAGUUUAAAAGUUUUUUUGUGCUUUUCUAACUCAUCAGCUUUUGGUAAAAGCCCCUUUCACUUCUCUGGUUAGUUUCCUUGCCUCACGUCAGGGACUGAAUUGCCCUGUUUUUAAAUGCCAAAUACUUAUGUGUUGUCGUAUAAAAGGAAGACAAAGUGAAUCUUUUCUAAAUGUCAAUUUUGCGCAUAGCUGUUAAAUCAUCUCCUGCAAUCUUUCAUUGUUGUAACUCAUUUGCUUUUUGUAAACACGUAAUGUUUGGUGAUGUGUUUGGUUUUCUAUACAAGAAUGUAUUUUGUCUUGCUAUGAUUUUCUUGAUCUCCAGUAUACAGACAUCAUUUUAUAAUUAUUUUUUUUUACCAUCUUCCUAAGCAGUUAUGGUGGUUGAUUUUUAAUAUUUGAUUUUUUUUUUUUUUUAAAGAAAUUCUUUCUCCUCAGAAAACAAAAUUCUCAGCUAUUAAAGAUUUAUUUCUGUUCUGCAUUCUGCAUAUAAAUAGAGUGGUAAUGGGUUUGGAAGUUAUACCAAAUAAAUUUUUUCUUGAUCUCCAGUAUACAGACAUCAUUUUAUAAUUAUUUUUUUUUACCAUCUUCCUAAGCAGUUAUGGUGGUUGAUUUUUAAUAUUUGAUUUUUUUUUUUUUUUUAAAGAAAUUCUUUCUCCUCAGAAAACAAAAUUCUCAGCUAUUAAAGAUUUAUUUCUGUGCUGCAUUCUGCAUAUAAAUAGAGUGGUAAUGGGUUUGGAAGUUAUACCAAAUAAAUUUACUUGACAGAUAUUUAUCAUUGUGGUAAUGAAAUCAUUACAAUACAGUUAUACAGCCAAAAUUUGUUAUUAUUUGAUAAUUACCAAUUUCAUUUUCCAACAUCCAUAUAGUGUUAUAUGCAUGUAUAUUUAACAUGUAGAUAACAAUUUAAGGUGGUUCACCUUACCUAUUAAAUAAGUAUUCAAUUAGGGUUGCCCCAAAAAAAAAUCAAAUUGUUCUUAAACUUAGAAAUAAUCUUUUUCAAUCAUUUUUUUUUUUAAAUCCUUAAUGUUUCCAAAUAUUUUCUGAUAUUUUUGUUUAUUUUCCAGGGGGGCGAAUGACUCAAAUGAGGACACCCAGAGGUUCUGACAUAUCUGACAUAAAACUAUCUGAGCUUCAGGCCUACAAUGAGGAGCUGUUAUCAGAGCUUCAUUCAUUAAGAAAAGUUGCAGAAGCUAUUCGGGAUGGAAGUAUGUACACGCUACUCAAAAACUCCCAUGUUUGUAAAAUGAUCUUUGAAGUCCUGAAAAUCUCUUUAUAUACCCUUAUAUACUCUUUUUCUUCUUAAAAUAGCAAUCUUUAACCUGUAAUUAAUGAAGAAGUAUAGUUCCUCAAUUAAAAUGAUUGAAGCCCAAUGUUAAGUAAAUCAAUUCCUAAUGCAUUCUAACAGACUAAGAGCCUUUCUCAGCAGACAGGGGAAAGGAAGAAAGAACAAGAAAUAGAAAAUAGUGCAAAAACUUGAGUGUCAGCUAUUAAUGUUAUUGCUGGAAGUUGGGUUUUCAAAAACCAAGAUUACUGGAAGGCUCUUGGCCGAAACGCUCUUUCAUUGUCUUGUAUUUAUAAUUCAAGCUUCCAUAUACCUUGUGCCACUAUUUCCUUCACACAGCAUGAAUGCAGUCCUCCAUCUAUUAACAAACUUAAGUUGGUUACAUUUUAAAAAGUUUCAUCUCACAUUGUCACACCAUUUUAGUGUGAAAUAAAUUUGUUUAAUCUGUGUUUUAUAAAUAAUUUAUUUAAAAUAUGUCAACUGAAAGCUAAAUAAAUUUGCUUGGUUGCAUCACAAGAAAAUGCUAAAAAUAUGCAUUCAGCAAUUUUUUAAAAUAACUUUUUGCAUUGUCUGUAGCUGAAGUUUUUGUAAUGAAUGCCUGGAGAAUUUUUUUUAUAAAUUUUCCCUUUUGUCUAACAAUUUAGAAUGCAUUUUAAAAUUUAAUAAUUAUCAAAGUAAUACAUUUUUUGUGUGCAGUAUCUUUAUUUUAAGCAAUUGAAAUAAAACCAUUAUAAAUCAAAUAGUUAUCACACCUGUACCUGUCAGAAAGAGUAUUUCAGUUCUAUUCAAUGUUGCAGACAUUGAUGGUGCUAAGGCAUUAUUUGUGAGGAGACAGAUGGACGAGAUCAAAGGGGAGAAUGAGACCCUGAAGACAACAGUUCACCGUUUGAAUGUUGAGCUCAGUGACUACCAGGCCAAAUACCGACCUGUUGACCCAUCACAUUUAAAAAAGGUGCUCACUUAAAUAUUGUAUUUCCUGUGUGGUUAACCGUUAGAUGCAAAGUCAUUUAUCGUAAAUAAAAGUGAAUAUUAGUAUGAUGUAGUUUUGUUAUUCAAGGGAACUAGUUGAUUAUUGAAGUAAACGCAUUUAAGUCAUUUUUUUAUUUUGUUAAUAAUUCAAAGGCAUUCUAUUAAAUUUUUUUUAAAUUUAAUAUGUUCCAAAACUGAAGGUAAAAUUUUAGGAUAUUAGAUACCAGUAGUAGAUUGUUUUCUUAACAACUUUCUAACAGUAAAAACAUUGGAAUUCUUUGUUUGACGAUUGUAAAAAAAAAUGUAAAACAAAAAUUAUUUUCAAAUUUAAUACUGCAUACAUGUUUCUCAUAUUUUAUAGGCGAAAGAAAUAAGUGGUCUACCAUCAUCUGGUCCUGUUCCAUCAUGGCUGGUGAGUUGAUGCUGGCAUAAUAUAUAUAUAUAUAUAUUCUAUAUAAAUGCAUUUAAAAAAACAGGCAUAAAAUUUUAUUCAGUGCUAACAGUGAUAAACAGUAGCUACUUGUCAUUCCAGGGUGUUGGAUAAAUUAUUCAAGAAAAUACAUUUAUCAAUGGGAUAGAAAAAUUUAUCAUCUCUUUGUUUUUUUUUGAAGAACAUAUUUUUUUUUUUCACUUCACUAGAAUUACAAAUAUUUCAUUUGAAAUAAUCUAUGUUAUCUUCACUCACUAAUGCAAAAUCCUGCUAACAUCAAAGAUUAUCUUUCAUUGUAGUACACUUUUCCCUUGAUUUUUAUCAUACAUUUUCCUAGCCAGGACCCAUUGUUCCCAAUCUGUGACAAUUAUUUUCAGAUAAGCAAAAGAUACCUGGCGCCCCUGUUUUUGGCUUAUGACGAUCGACUGGAAGCAAAAGAUCAAGUUAUUGAUGAAUGCAGGGUAAUACUUGGCUUGUAAUAUUCUCUUGUAAAUAAAAAAAACAAACAUUUCUUUUGUUUAAAGCGAACAUCUUUUCUGUUUUCAGCCUACCCGAUGAUUCUUUUAUAACCUUUCAUAUUAAGGUUAGAGUGUGUCAAUAUUUCCACUACUUAAUUAUUGAGUUCAAAUGGCCACACAAUAUUAAUACAAAUUAGGAAUAUUUUUUUUAAAAAUAUGUUCAAAAAUGCUUAAUGUAACUCAUAAAUAACCAACUAAAAGAAAGAGAUAAGACCUGUUACUUAGCCUGUAAUAACAUCUUUUUGGAUCUCCUUCGUUUAUAUGCUACACAAUUUUAUACAAUAACUUCAACAAUAACUAUAAGGUUGGUUAUGAGAGAUUCAUUUAGGGCAAAACUUGUAACCAUUGCUUGGAUGGGGCAACAGUGAUGCAUAAUUUUUACCUCAAUUAUUUUUAUAGAAUGAACUAGAUUCAAUAAAGAAGAGGGUGGAGGAUAUUUUAAAAGAAAAUCAAAAGCUUCGUUUGUCAAGUGGGACAGUAUCAGGUUUUCAAGGUGACAGAUCAGAAUGGUAAGGCUUGGUUCUGUAACUUUGUGUGAACACUUGAGUUGAUAUAAUCUUUUAAGUUUUUUAAUAUUCGAGUGAAUUUAUAUAAUGUUUGAAAUUUGAUAACAGUCAAGUUUUAAUUUAGUUUCUUAAAGUGAGAGAGUUCUCUUAGUUAAGUCAUGAAUCAAAAGUGAGACUACAUACAUUUCAUACAAUGAUAUAUUCAGAAGCGCACCCAGGACAUAAAUUAUAGUGGACAUACAAAGAUAGCUGAAAUAUAAAUUGUUGGAAUUUAUGUGUUUUGAAUUGUAAGACUUCAUUUUAACAUUAGAUUUCUUCUUAAUCUACAUAUAUUUUUAUGGAGAACAAGACGUUCUAAUACCUGAUAGCACUGAAUUCACUUAUGUAGACUCUAAAUUGUGUGUGCCAAGUGAACUUUUGCAUUAUGUAGACACUAAUGAAUUUUUGUGCCAUAUGAACUUUUACAUUAUGUAGACACUAGUGAAUGUUUGUGACAAAUGAAAUUUUGCAUUAUGUAGACACUAAUGAAUGUUUGUGACAUGUGAACUUUUUCAUUAACCAGGCAGCAGCUUCAAGAACAAGCUCGUCUGGUGCUGGAGGAAAACCAGGUUCUCCUGGAACAGCUUCAGGUACAAGCCAACAAGUCCAGGGAUAUGCACACUGCACAUAUGUCUGAAAGUAGGUCACCUGUAUUUCGGAAGUUAUUAAUCUGUGUAUUUGGAGUAUGUCAUUUGUACCUGGAAGUAAAGGUUUACAACUGGAGAAAAGUAAUGACUUCUCAAAAAAAUAAAAUAACUACUGGAUUUUUUUUUCAAAUCAUCUUUUGGUUAUUUCCAGUUAAUGCAUAAUGGCUGUGUUGCUUAUGGUUGAAAUGGCUAGAAAGACUUUGACAUUGUAUGCUUGUAAUUAGUUUUGUAGUGUUGCGUUUGUUUUAAAUGUGGUAAAUUAUAUAUUUGUUUUUUUGUUGACUUUGUACCGCGCUUCGAGCCUUUGGGGAUGAAGCGUGUUUUUGAAAUGAACUUUAUUAUUAUUAUUAUUAUUUAUUUAUUUUUUUGUUCCACAAGAAUGUUGUUUUUAAACUUAGGAAAACUCAUUAAGAGUGUUGGACUGCAAUAAAACCUAAUAAAACUGUUCAUACUGGUUGAGAACAAAAUUUUCACAAAUAAAUUAUUCCAAAGCAUCCAAAUAACCUAGUGUCUGCGCCAGCAACUUACUUACUUAUUUAUGUCUUUAACCCCAUCUGGGGCAUAGGCCAUCUACAAGAGUUCUUUAUUCUUCUGGUCCUAUGCUUUUUUUUCUAGUUGCUUCCAUGUGUAUCCCAUACUUUGUGUGUCUGCCUCUAGCUUGCAUCUCCAUUGUUUUCUUUGGCCUUCUUCUCUUCCUUUUCCCCUGAGGGUUCCAUGUUAGGGAUUGUCUUAUGAUGUUCUUUGGGGUUUUUUGGAGAUUGUGUCCUAUCCACCUCCAUCUUUUCCCUAUGAUCUAUACAGCAAUAGGCUCUUGGUAUGCUAGCAUGACCAAACUGGUUGAAUUUUGAAAUAUUUAAAUAAUGAAGAAUCUGUAUUUCCUGGUGCAUAAAAAUAUGUAAUAUUUUGAGGUUAGAUCAAGGAUCUUAAUCUGUGUACCAAAUUUCAGCUUUGUUAAAAAUAGGGGAACCUAUAGAAAUUUUGGCUUACAGAUGUCAAAAACAAACUAUCAAACUGAAUCUCAAUCUAAUAAAUACUGCAAUUGGUCUGUGUAAGCGUAAUAAAAUAAAACAUUUUAGUGAAGUGGUACAGUUCAAAUUAUUGUAAUCUGGAUAUUUAAAAACUUGCUGAAUGCAUGUACUUAAACCUCAUAAUAUUUUGUUUUUUAGUGAAGAAGAUUGGAUCUGGCCUGUUUUAAUCAGAAAACAAGGGCUAUUAAUUUACUAUAAACUUAUAUAAAAAAUGUUGUUCUGGCAUAAUAAAGCAGAAUUCUGAUGAUGUGCUUGUGCUAGUGAAAGAAUCCCAUAUCUCAAACAAUUUUGUUACAUUAUAUCUUAAAGAAAUAAAAAUAACUUGGUUAUGUAAUUUUGAUAAAAAUUCUGCAGUCUCCAGAAUGGCCAAGAAAAUAGCAAUUGUAGAAGGAGAUAAAGCUGAUAAUGAGCGUCAGCUUGAAGAGAUGAGGAUCAAAUUUCGUGAGGUCAAACACAAGCAUGAUCAGCUGGUGAUGGAGGUUGGCUCACAAGUCAAUGUUCACACACACAUCAACACCAUUUCUGACCUUAAAAGGUAUCUGUUGGCAAGAAUUAUCCCACUUCAUUAGGAAAAAAGUUGCUUUAGCCUGAACUUUUAUGGCCCACAAGUGAUUUUGCUCAACUUUCCACCAAGGCUGUCUGUAAUGUGCCUCGUAACACCGAAAAUUAAGUCAAAUUUGUGUCCAAAAUUUCCUAUAUGAAUGGUUUUUUAAAAAUAUCUGAGAGUUUCUUUCCAAUUUUUAUUACACAAUGAAGGUGUUUAUGAAUUAUUUUAUUUUGUCAAAGCUAAUGAAAGACCCAUGUUAUGUUUAAAAGUUUUUGACUGUUGAGAGUAACAGUAGCUUGAACUUUAAACCUUUCUUCACUUUUCGCAGCUAUUCAGAAUAAAAAUAAUUAAACCCUUUAGUGUAUAUGAAAAGAUUAAUCUAAAAAUUUUGUAAUUAACCUCUAACCUCUAAGUACUAGAGAUUGGGCUUAAGUAGAAGUCACUUGCUUCAUGAAAAUAUAAAUAGUUGUUUAUACAAAUAUGUGCAGUCUUUUUGUUAAAGAAAUGUUUAAAUUUAUUAAGUGUAAUGUUUUUUUUUAUUAUUAAAAAAAAAUUAUAAAGAUCUGUGACAGAAGAGAAAGAACAAUUAGAAAGAGAAAUAGAUGCCAUCAUGAUCAAACUCAAGGUAAGACCCUCUGGUAAAUUUAGUUAAGCAUCAGUUUUGUUUAUACAUUUAUGAUUCAUAUUAUAUCAUAAACACAAUUAUUUUUAUUCGUUUGCAUUAAAAAAAUAUAUAUUUUUAUUAUCCUAAUUCAUAUAGUGCAGUGGGGGUUUUUUAAUUAUUUUUUUUAGAAGGAUAUAUUUCACUUUUUUUUUUUUUUUAAACACCAGUAAUUUUAUUUAACUUUUAAAUCAAUUUUUCUUUAAAAUAUAUAUUUUUAUUAUCCUAAUUCAUAUAGUGCAGUGGGGGUUUUUUAAUUAUUUUUUUUAGAAGGAUAUAUUUCACUUUUUUUUUUUUUUUAUAAACACCAGUAAUUUUAUAUAACUUUUAAAUCAAUGUUUCUUCAUAAUGAUAUAAAGGCAUCAGAAGAAGAAAGAAAGAACCAAGCGUUGCAAAUGGUUGACGUAGUGGCUGAAAAUAAGAGACUUAAAGCAGAAAUUAAAGCGAUGCAAAAAUCUGUUAGGUUAGUUUUGUUUAAAGUGAAAGCAAAAUGUAACAGUCCAACAAUUAUGAUUGUAGUGGUUGCCACUGGCUUAAAAAAAAGAUUGAAGUCAUCUUUUUUAUUUUAGUUGGCUAUUUCUGAGUUACAUCAUGCACUUUUGAACAUAUAUCUUUCUUUUAUUUUUUUGAUAGGGAGGAGGAAACGGAAAGUCAAUUCUAAAAUAACACAUAACAUUUUUAAGAAUUUAUUCCAUACAUUUGUUAAAUAAAUUAUUGGCAUUUUGUUUGGAUGAUGCCAGCAAUUUCACUGUUUUUUUAUUUUUUAUCAACCAUUUGAUAAAUCAUGCUUUCAGGCACGCCCAGCAAAAAAUGACACUGCUGCAUAGGGCCAUAGAGCUAUCUGAGGACAAAGAGAUGGUUACACAAGAGCAACUGGCCAAUGUCAUUAAAGUUGUAAGCUAUCAGUUAUUGGCCAAAGAAAUUGGUGUUAUCAAAAUGAGUGAAAUUACUUAUAUGUAACAAAUAAUUUUUGUCUGAAAAUAUUGUUUUAAAAAUUUCUAAAAGCUAAUGAUUCCAACCUAAGGAAACAUUAUUACUUUAAAGUUGAAAAAAAAAAUAAUAAUAAUAGAAACAACUAGCUUUUAGAAUAUAUUACAAUUUUCAAGAUAUAAAAAAAAAAAAAGUAAUAUAUUUGUUAAGUUAAAAUCAAAUUUGUAGUCUACAUUUGGUCAGUAAACCUUGAAAAAUGUUAUUUCAAACCACAGGCUGAAAAAACUGCUUUAGAGAGGGACACAGUUUACAAAGUGGUAAGUUCAUGAAAUCUUUUCCAGUUCCAGAUUGCCAGUAAUUAAGUAAUGUGUAUUACAGAGCAGACAAUUUUUACUUUAGGUAAAAUUUAGGGUGUCAAAGAGUAACCCGAAAAAUUGAAUGUUGCAGUAAUUUAAUUAAACCUGAAUUUUAAAAAAAAUAUUCUUUCUAGGCCAGAGAGCAGCAGGAGGAGACUAAACAGACUGUAAACAAGAUGUUGCAUGGCAGUGUAGCAGUAGGAAAAUUAGAGGAAAAGCUUAAAGUAAGAUUACUCAAAUAAGUUACAUCUAAUGAUAGGAUUGAAUCAGUUCACACAGUUUGUUAAAUUGUUCAGUUUGAUGAAACAAAAGCCAAGAAAACUGUUCAUUUUAGUAAAAUAUUAAUUGAUUUUACCUCUUGUAUAGGCCUAGGGAUGUUUUGACAAAUUAACAAACGCUAUUUUUACAUGUGUUUUUGUGUAAUUUCAUCUAUGAAUACAUUGUAUAUGCUAUAUUGAUUAGUAAACAAUAUUUUAUGGGUUUAAAUUAUCUUUAAUGGCCUCUGUAGAGGUAAUUUAAAGUAGAAAAUUGGCUUUAUUCAAUGCAUGAAACUGUAUUUUAAUUUUUAUGACAUUCCUAAAUAUUUUAUCUGACAGCUGUACCGCAUGAAAGCCUCUGCAAAACUUAAUACAGUAGCAGAACGGUCAGUGGAGUUUUUUAACUUUUGAAUAGAACAAUUGAUGUAUUGUAAUAGGCAUAUGAUUGAUAAUCUUAUUAAAUCUAAAUAUGGUAUUAUCGAAAGGCAUGAAAGCCUCUGCAAAACUUAAUACAGUAGCAGAAUGGUCAGUGGAGUUUUUUAACUUUUGAAUAGAACAAUUGAUGUAUUGUAAUAAGCAUAUUGAUUGAUAAUCUUAUUAAAUCUAAAUAUCUUAUUAUUGUUACAUUCUAUCACUGAUUCAUUUAAAUAUAGCUCAGUAAACUUCAUAAUGUUAAGUCAUACUUAACAAUAAGUUAUUGUUUACAAUUCAGACUUAAAGAGCAGGAUGACGCAUUUAAUAGCAAGAAAAAAGAAUAUGAAAGAGAAAUACACUACUUACGAUUACUGCUCAAAGAGAAGGAAGAAAUCAUUGAAACUUUGGAGUUGGACAAAAAGUAACAUUUUUAUUUCUCAUCUAUUUUAUGUUCCCUUUUUUUUUCUUUUCUUUUUUAUAUUCUUGAAUUAACUGAUAAUUUGUUUUGCUUGUUUAAAAUUUGUUUUUUGUUCAUGUAUUGUCCUUGCUGAUUAUAUCAAAAUAUUCAUCAUCAUGAUGUCCCUUAGUCCUUGGACCGUUAAGGCGCCACAGAUGACAUGAAAACUAUCCUUCUCCAUUCCUCUCUGUUUUCAUAACAUAAGAAUACUGUAUUUAUUGGUGUAUAACACGCCCCCGCGUAUAACAAGCACCUCAAUUUAAGAAGGAAAUUUCAGGAAAAAAAACUAAACAAUAUAUCGACGUAUAACACGCACACAUGAUUUGCCCCCUAUUUUCGGGGAGAAAAAGUGCAUGUUAUACGCCAAUAAAUACAGUAUUUAUCAUAUCACUAAUUAAAUUGUAAACAUCUCUGAUAAGGAACACAUGUUUAUUGAAGACUUUGAUAUUUCUUUAAAACAGUAUUAUUGAAAAAGACCUGGACACCAUGUGGCAAGCAGCUACCUCUGAAAACAAACGUGUCAAGAACAUUUUACUCAGUGGCACAAAGAAACUCCGUGACCAUGUGCACCUAACUGAUGCACUAAAGGAGGAAAUGGAAAAUGAUGAACUACUCCAUUUUUCAGAUGACAACUCAAGCAAGCAGUGAAAUCUUUGACCAUUUAGAUGUCUCUAUUUAAAAUAUGUAUUUAGGUGUGAAAUUUCAUUGAUGAAGGUUUGUAGUUUUGCACAAAGGUUAACAAUAAAAUAAAGCAACAGAAUAAAAUAUAAGAACAUGUAUAUAUACUUUUUUUUCUAUAUUUGUUCAAGCAGCCUUAAUUUUUAUGUUAAGACCACUGCAAUUUUUGUACCAAUAGCUGAUAUUUAAUCUCCACACCAAAUUUGCUGCUAUCCUCCUACUUUGAAGUUUCUCUGGGUUUUUUUUACCCCCUUCCUGAGAAUGAAAUAUGAUACAUACUACUAUUUAGGAAUUACAAAGUUAUCAAUGGAUAAUUAUAUGUUUGUAUGUUUAAUAGGACAUUGCAGACUUUCAAACUGGUUAAAGUGAUUUUUAUGUAAAAUGAGGGAAAAAAAUUAUAAACUUGAAAUGACUUAGGUCUUUGUGUAAUUGUGUGUGGAGUAUCUAUCCAUUCAUGUCACUUUGGGAAAAGUUUUUUUUACAUGUUCACCUGCCCCACAAAAAAAUCCCAUAGAUUUUCAAAACCCCUUCACUACACUGUUUUGGUUUUUUAAAUAGAGUUUUAAAACCAGAUUGAGAGGUAAUGUUUGAAAUGUAUGAAAAAUAAUCCUACUUAUACAUUUAAAUUUAUUCCAGGUUUAAAUUUUCUGCAUGAUGGCAAAGUAAUAUGAUUCUUUGAUUGUCAUAAUUUUUUGUUACAUAUGCAUUGAUCAAGACCUUUUCCCCAUACUCAAAGGUCUCUUACUUAAUAUGACCCCAAACCUUGGGGGUGUUUGUAAAUAAAUAGGAGAACCUCUACAGCAUUUUAAAAAAAUCAAUUUCUUUGGUGAUAUGAUAAUAGGGAUAAUAAUAGUUAAACAUCUGUUUGUAAAAUGAUCUCAUUAUUUAAAGCUGGUGGAUUUACUCUCCCUUAUGUUGAAUUUAAAAGCUGGAUCUGUGUCAUCUUUAUGUAAAUAGAGUUAAUAAUUUAUAUUGUACAUAAAUUAAUAAAAUAUACAUUAGCAAAAAACAAUUAUUUUUUAAAAUGUAAUAUAUUUUUAAAAAUAAUCUUUCAUAACUUUUAUUAAAGAGCCCUUUAGGCAAUCUUUUUGAAACCCUAUUUUACUGACAUAACAGAAAACAAUAUUUAUCUGCUUUUGAAAUUUUUUUUUGAGUAUAUCCCACUCAACUUUAUAUAAAAAGUGGACAAACUUUUGUUUCCCUAAUUUUCUUUUACUACCUAAAUUGUGAUCACAAGAAUCCCAACAUUUGAGACUGUAAAACUAUCUCGAUUUAUAAUCCUUUUCUGCAAGAUAUUGUUCGCACAAGAUGCUCAUACUCCACAGCCCUUUGGGCACUAAAAGGACAAAAUGUUAUUUAGUCUUAAUUAUUAAGUAAGGGAUCAAAUUUGUACAUUUCUUUGUUUAGUUUCACAGUAUAAAUUAUAUAUAAUAUAUAUGUGUGUGUGUAAGUAUAUUAUAGAUGAGUCUGACAUAAUGCCAUACUUUAUUUGUUUGAGCAAUUUUUGUCCUGUUUAAAAAUAUUUGAGCGUUUGGUUAGUUAGGUUCCUGAUGACCCUUUUUAAUUAUGGCAAAUGUUUGUAAUUAAAUAAAGGAGUUUUUAAUUAUUACAUUUAGUUAGUUAGUACUAGCACCCAAUGUAUUUAGGAAAAUUCUCUAUAUAUAUUUUAAUUUAUAGUGUCAAAAACUUAUGGGAAGUUAGAAUUGAGAUCCAUUCUUUUAUUUACCAUUUUUUACAUAUUGCCAAAUACUGUGAUUUUUUUAAAAAACCAGUUAAUAAUGUUUCAUUUUAAUAAGUAUAAUGAAAUGUAUGUACAUAAUCAUCCGUCCAUGGCUGUGUCAGAGGUGCUAUAUUUUGCCAAGAUUUUUUCCCUGUGUAUGACUGUUAUUAAUUUUCAUUCCACAUUUUUGUUUAAUUAUAUAAAUACUCCUUUAAUUUUAAUCAUAUAAUAUUUAAGUAUCAUUAUUCCCAGAUUCCGGUAACUAUUAGUAUUAAAAAAUAUUUUUUUUAAAGUCUCCUAAAUUAAACAUCAAAAUCCUACUUAAAACCUAAACAAUUUUGAAUCAGUGAAAAGAUUUAUAUUUUUUCAUGACUUUAUACUCAAUAUUUAUUAAUUUUUUUGUAUGUUUAAAAAAAAAAUAAAGUA